AUGACAUCAUGUAGCUCUUUGACAUGCAAAGAUGACAAUGAUACGAAUGAUAUUCAUGUGGAAAAACAAAAACUUCAAUCAAAGCAACAACGACAAUAUUCAGGAUCUCAACCUAUCCUUGAUGAUCUCUCAACCAAGGGUUCUAUGAAUAUCCUGGAAGAUGUUGUUCGUUGCUUGCUAGAAAAAGAUACCAGCGCACUGGGUUUCCAAAUAGUCCAAAGAUCGGAUGGUAUAUGUAUCAGUUAUGUUGAGCCUAAUGGUCCGGCUGAUCGUUCCGGAAAUAUUUUCGUUGGUGACAAAAUAAAAGAAUUAACAAUAGCCUUUGAGAAUAUGCCAAUUAGUGAUGCGUUGACAAUUCUCAGCUGUGCCUCAACCUAUAAAAUUCGGUUAGAAUUAGAGAGAGCCAUAAUUAAUGAUGCUGCCCAGUCAGAUUGUCCAGAAACAAUAGAACAUGCUGAUACCUCGUCAAAUUCCAUUCAACAAUUUUCUACUCUCUGUAAAAGUUAUUCGACCUCGGAUUUGGUUCUACGAUUACAAAAAGCGCAAAUGUUCGAUAAGGCUGUAAGUGGCGGAAGCUUCAUGUCCAAACAGAAAUAUCAACUUCCACGACAAACCGUAAUAAAUACCAUUAAGGAAGAACCGCCAUCGACUCCUGAGAUUCCUGUGACUUUAGCGUCAUCUAACCCAUCCUCAGAUUCCACAGAAAAGACUGAAUCGAUACCGGUUAUGAUGGGAUCAGUAAUUAGUGAAGAAACCAUAGUAAUUAAUGAUCCACUGCCAAUUUUGAGAAGCCUUCGAACUUCUCCAAACGAAAUAUCUCCUCAACCACAAAACUCGCCCUGUGUUAUAACUUCUGAAACUUAUCCAAAAUCAGAUUCCACGUCUAAACCAACAAACAUAUUACGACAGCAAUCAACUCCACAGAUUCCAUCGUCAUAUAACGAGCAACCCUUACUUCCGCUGAUACCACAAGAAAACCAUAAAGUAGAUGAAAUUAAUUGCAAUGGGUUUUCAGAAUUUGUUGAGCGAUCCCAUUACAUCUAUUCAAAUGCAAAUAUCAAAGAUGGAAUUAAAAAAAAGUGUGUCGAAUUUUGUGAAUUAAUUGAGCCAAAACGUGGCUCAAUUGUGAUCGAAUUUGAAGAGGAUCAAGGAGGAGAUGAUUGUUGUCAACAAAGUGAUGAAGAAAUAAUUAACCUGCCGAAUUGUAUUGGUACAUUUGAUGAAGCAAAAAACAAUUUACAUCAAGCUAAUUCUAAUAUCAACAAUGCCGCAUCGGUAAAAAUACCGCCAAUAGUAGAUGAUGGAUCAAAUAGUCAAAUCAUUUAUGCAAAUUACGUUGAAAAAGAUACUGUAUCCGGUAAUACCUUGAAUGUAACUAAUGUAGAACGCAACAUUUCCCAUCAUUCAGUUGGUAAGAUUGAAGCAUCAGACGACCACACUAGUAGAGCAGGUGUUAUUGAAAGUAAAUCCGGUAACGAUACCCGAUUUUCAAACAAUCCUGAACAAGUUGCAGACAUAAUACCAUCAUUAAUACCCAGUCAUACAGAGGUGAAUGAACUUAACGGUAAGCAAAUGAUGGAAAGUAUUACACCAAUUGUCGCAUCACCGACAAUUCCUCAGAUGACAAUUAGUGAUGAUACACUUUCAAGUGAAAACAAUCAAAGAUCAAAAUGUAGUCAGUUGAAAAAACUAUCCGGUAAUUAUGGGAUUAAUGAAGUUAAUGAGGGCAAAGAAGUGAGGAAAGUAAAUGGCACUGCUAAUGAUUUAAAAGAUGAAAGCAACAACAGGAGUAGCAUACCACAAAGAAGUGCAAAAUGGAGUCCAAAACUUCAGUCACAUAUUCCGAUUGUUACCAGGACACCAUCAACAAAAUCUAAACGAAAACUUUCAAAAGCGGAAGAUACUAAAGUUAUGAGCAAUUCCGCACGUAGUAAAGUGAUCGAUGAUACUUUAAAGAAUGAUAUGAAUGGCGCAUCAUUGUAUAUUGCAAAGAAAGAAGCUCUACGAAAGACUUAUCUUCCAUUUUCAAAAAUAAACAAAAGUGAAGAAGUGGAUUUGAAUAAGGAGCGGAAGGCUCGAUUGGAAGCCAAUCAAGCAUUAUUGCAACGACAACAGGAAGAGCUAAGGACAUUAGGCAUUUUGCCUUAA